AUGAAAGCGAUCGUGCAAAGACUGUACAGGUCUGCUCAUGUUGCGGGGCGUGCGGCAGGUGUUUCCACAACCUGGCAACGAAAUGUGUCAGGACUUGCCGAGGACACUGCCAAGAGCAAGAGCCCAUCCAGAGAACAGCUGCGCGCUCAUGCGUUGCAGAGCGCGGUUCCGAUGAUUGGGUUCGGUGUGGUGGACUGUGUUGUGAUGACGCAAGUUGGUUCUACCAUGGAUGCUGUAUUGGGCGCGCGGCUUGGCAUCUCUUCCAUCACAGCCGCAGCCAUUGGAUUGUUCUGCAGCGAUUCGUGUGGGGUUCUGUUUGGUGGGACCAUCGAAUCGUUCGCCGGAAGGCUUGGACUACCCACUGCGAAUUUGACAUCCGAGCAGCUGGAGAUGCCGGAGACCAAACGCGUGGCAACUUUAGGCCGUCUUUUUGGCGUCCAGCUUGGCGUACUCCUUGGCAGCACGACUCUACUGCUGCAAGGCGGUGGGGACACGGACAAGAAUGUACCUCAAGAGACGGCCUGCGUGGACUCCCCCUCGCAUUUGGCAGCUACAGCUGCGAUCACGACGGCGGCCGAUGUUGUUGUGUUUUCCAAACCUGGCUGCCCGUUUUGUGAAGAGGCGGAAAACAUGUUGCUCGCCAGCGGAGUGGCUUUUCGCAAGGUGCCACAUGAUUUGCACCAGAAGGAUUUGCAAGAGUUGACUUCUUCGGCGGCUGCACCUUCCAUCUGGAUGCACGGAAAGUAUGUCGGCAACAAGUAUGUUGACGGAGGUCGCCAAUCUCCAUCUCGUUCACGGACAUCAUGA